AUGGCGCGGGACUUUGUGAUAGGCUGCGUGGGCAAGCCUUCAUCGGGAAAAUCGACAUUUUUUAACGCGGUCUGCGUUAACCCAAACGCCAAAACUGCAGCCCACCCCUUCACCACCAUCGAGCCAAAUCAUGGUGUUGCUUUUUUCACAACGGACUGCCCCUGCGUGAAAUACAACGUGCAAUGCGCCCCGUCUUUUGGGAGCUGCAGGCGUGGCGUAAGGAGGGUCCCCGUUAAAUUGCUUGAUGUAGCAGGUUUGAUACCUGGCGCAAAUGAGGGCCGUGGUAUCGGGAACAAGUUCCUCGACGACUUACGUCAUGCCGACGUACUUAUGCAUAUCAUUGACGUCUCUGGAAGAACCAACGAAAAGGGCGAUGCUACCAUAGGAUACGACCCUUCAGGCGACCACGUAUGGCUCGUAGAGGAGAUAGAGCUCUGGAUUUUUAAUAAUCUAUUGCCGAAGUGGGCCACCAUGGCCAAGCGUCACGCUAUGAAGAAAGAAAGCGCAGUCUCCGUGUUCGUACAGGAGCGAUUCAAAUUCGUUCUCGUGCUGAACAAGAUAGACUCGGAAGGAGAAACGGAUUUGAAUACCUUGAAGAUAUGCCAACGUCACCCCGAUGUUCCCAGUGUGGGGUACAUCGACUAUUUUGAGGGUGAAAGCGAUUUUUAUAUGCACGGAGAUGCCGAUGAUGACCCACGCAAUUCGAUACUGAAACCUGCCGAUGACAAGCUCCGCAACAGGCUUAACAAUAUUAGGGACCUAGUACUUUAUAGGUUUGGAUCUACUGGAGUAACUCGCGCAUUGAACGAGGCUACCAAGGCUGCAGGAAUUUUGUGUAUCUACCCAGUCAAGAACCUGAAAAGUUUCGGUGAUGACGACAACAGCAACAAGGCAUUCCGCGAGUGCGUUACGGUGAUGCCGGGUACAACUGUGCGGGAAUUCGCAUACAUGAUGCACUCCGAAAUCGGGAGAAACUUCUGUAAGGCUAUGGGCGCCUCUGGUAUGCAACUCGCGGAAGAUAAGGUGCUGACUGCCGAAGACAACGUCAUCAGCAUUAUUACCAAGGCUGCACAAGCCACGACAUAG